AUGUCUCCAAUUCUUUCUUCCUUUGUUAUAUCAAGCAUCAAGCAGAUGGAUCUUUUUUCUUCAUGGUUAGGGCUCCACUUUGGUAUCCCAUUGUCAUCCACUUCCUUUAGAAUCACAACGAGGAAGCGAGGAAGUGACCCCGAAACCGCAACUGAGUUGUUCAAUCUUCGCCAUGCUUCUUUGAGGAAUGUAAUUGAGAGGAUAUUUGGGAUAUUUAAAUCAAGAUUCACAAUUUUCAAGUUAGCACCUCCAUUCCCAUAUAGGACUCAAGCAGAGCUUGUGUUAGCUUGUUCAGGACUACAUAAUUUUCUUCGUAGGGAAUGUCGUUCUGAUGAAUUUCCUAUUGAACCAGAGAACGAGUCUUCAUCAUCUUCACCAUUACUAGGGAAUGAAGGAGAUAAUGUGGAACAAGUUUUUGAAACUCAAGAACAACAACGAGAGAAUGCUAAUGAAUGGAGAGUUGGUAUAGCUUCUGACAUGUGGAGAAAUGCCAUGCAAGAUAAUAACGGAACUCAACAGUAA